GAAGCAGAGUGCAUAAACAGUAUAAUACCAGGACUUCAGCCAGGGCAUUAUGGGCUCUUAGAUUGCGGGCCCAUGGCACAGGAACUGGUGCAUUUUCUCAACAGGAGCAAACGGUAGAGCAUGUGGUAAUUGUUCAAUGUGAAUACCGAGGAAAAAAAACUGGGCUAAUAACGAGUCUUACAGAGAGACAAACACAGUUUAGGGUUAAAGAGAUUAAAGGAAGAACAGGUUUGCUGUUACAUUAUGGGCUUAACGGGUCUGAUAAAGAGAAUAUUUAUUUUAGUUCUGAUCCAAAACCAUUUCCAGCAUGUGGCGGUAAUGCGCCACAGCGUUGUUUGCCACAAUGACGUCAAUGCGUCUGGCGUGCAAGCGGAAAUUGCCGUCACCUGAUUUAGUCAACUUCCUGUUUAUCACUAGUUCUGUGCAAGUCAGACUGUUGGACUGUCCUGCUGGAGCUGUCGGUCACAUGAACUUCCACCGUGUUGGGUUCCUGUGGGACUUCUUUCAGUUGGCUGUGUUCGUCAGGAUGGACCUUUCAGGGGAGGGAUGGGGAUGUAGCACCGAACAAACUAAAGUAGGCCCGGAAGGAUUCUGAGUUCAGAUAGCAGCUCCGAAGGAACGGCCAGAACUGGUAGUUCGAUUUUUCUCAACAAAUAUAAACCGAAUCAAAAUAUUUGUAUCGAUGUAGUAGUGAGUAAUUUCCGUGAAUACCACUCGCUUAGUCGGGACACCGAACCAGCUCUGUAGCCAACCGCGGUACCACCGGCAGGUCGCUGCUGCUCCUUCCGCGGCUUUGGCUGCCUGUGGCCCGCCAGCGCCUUGGGUUUUCGUGGGGUGGAGCUGCUUACCGCUGCCGUGAAUUCAGGACGACCUCCCGGCUCUGGCCCCCUCAAGCGGGCAGUCAGGAAAAAGCUCGCCGGGAAGGGAUGGCCUGGUCGGUCUCCCCGCUCCACAGGGCAGGGUUCUGCUUUCUUUGAAGGAGGACGAGUGCGGCUGGAGGCUACCACCGCAGCUCAAGACGCGAUGAUGGCCGCCUCCCCCUCCUCGGCCGGCGGCUUUACGAUCUCCGGGCUGUCGGUCAGAAAGAGCGAGGAAAUAGCGGAUCUGAUAGAUCUGUUCUCCAAGACACAGUAUAGAGCAAAGGAAGUCACUCCUCGGGUGGAGAUGAUGGAGAAGCGAUGUCUGGAACUCUUUGCAAGAGAUUACAAGUACAGUAUCAUCUCCAAUUCAAACGGAGAGGUCUGCGGCCACUACCCACGUCAGAUAGUGUUCCUGGAGUAUGAAUCUACAGAAGUGGACAGAGACAGGUUUGAGAGCACAGUGCAGAUCACCAAGCUGCAGGACCUAGUGAACCGAAGCAAAAUGGCUCGCUGCAGAGGGAGAUUCGUCUGUCCUGUCAUCCUUUACAACGGCAAGCACAUCUGCCGCUCAGCCACCUUGGCAGGUUGGGGGGAGCUGUAUGGACGUACAGGCUACAACUACAUCUUCUCAGGGGGCAGUGAUGACACCUGGACGGAGUCAGAGGAGGUUCCGGAGGAUGACAGUGCAGUCAGGAACGGGGAGUCCCAGCUCUUUGACAAAGUUCGAGGUCACGACAUUAAACUGCUUCGCUAUCUCUCGGUGCGCUACAUCUGUGACCUGAUGGUGGAGAACAAGAAGGUUAAGUUUGGCCUGAAUGUGACUUCCUCUGAGAAGGUGGACAAGGCCCAGCGCUAUGCAGAUUUCACCCUGCUCUCUGUGCCUUACCCAGGCUGUGAGUUUUUUAAGGACUACAAAGACAAAGACUACACAGCCGAGGGUCUGGUCUUUAACUGGAACCAGGACUAUGUGGACGCUCCUCUGACAAUCCCUGUGCGCUUUACUCAGAACUUGAACAUUGACUGGACUCAGUACCAGUCGUGGGACCUGGUGGAGCAGACCCAGAACUACCUGAAGCUGCUUCUCCACAUCAUUAAUAACAAUGAUGACAGCGGGCUUCUGGUGCACUGCAUAUCCGGGUGGGACCGAACACCUCUGUUUGUUUCCCUCCUCAGACUCUCCCUGUGGGCAGACGGUGCAGUGCAUGCCAGCCUGGGGCCUGCUGAGAUUCUAUAUCUGACCAUUGCUUAUGACUGGUUUCUCUUCGGUCACAUGCUGCCUGAUCGACUCUCCAAAGGGGAAGAGAUUUUCUUUUUUUGCUUCAAUUUUUUGAAGCACAUCGUCUCAGAGAAGUUCUCGGCUGUUAGGAAACAGAGAAGGAAAAACUCCCACUUCAAAGACAGUGACUUCACUGUGGAGGACCUCUGCCAGCUGAGGUCCAAAGAUCGUGGCAGUAUAACCAGUCUGAGCAGCGACUUUUCCCUCAUCACUGAAGAGGUAGCUGGUGCCUCCUGUCCCAGCGCCGACACUAUGGACCUGUUCUCCAACCAACCCCAGGCCUCCAACUGGAGGAAAGUUCCCACCUCUUCCCCUUCGAUGGUAGCUUGGUGUAAACAAAACCCUUUGGAUGAGCAACUCUCCCAUCCUGUUAAUGAGGCCAGGUCUUCCAGCUCAUCCUCCUCCAACCAAUCAGAGCACGGUGCCACACGCACUGGCAGCAGCCCAUUGGCUGUCCCCAGCAGAGGGUUAGCAGCAGAGUUCUCCAGAUCAGGCUCAUCCCUGUCCACAGAGUACGGAAGUUGGCAGAUAGUUUCCGGUUGUGGUAGCAUCCACGACCACGGCCACUUUUCUCAACCGAUGGCCUCAGUUUCCUCCAACUCGUCUGCUGUCACCUCUGCCUACGAUUCCCCACUGCCUUUCAGUUUCCAGGAUGAAGGGCCCAGUGGGCGGAUGUGCUCCCUUCCCUCGGAGCGUCAGGCUCGCCUGGAGGCUGUUAGGGAGAUCUUCCUAGCAGCCUACAGUUCCACAGUGGGCCUCAGGUCCUCUGUCCCCAGCCCUUCCGGCGCCAUCUCAGGCCUGCUGGAGCAGUUUGCCCGCGGGGUCGGCCUUCGUGGCAGCAAUGCCAUUGUUUGAACUCUGUCAGUGUGACUUCCAACGCCUUUCUAGCUUCCAUGUCUCACUUUAUCUGGGGCCAGAUGCAUGAAACAGUUUUAUGAUCUAAAUGGUUGUGUGUAAACACAUUUUAAGAAAAGUGUUCAUGCACCGUUAUCUCUCACAAACCAUGUGUUUUGUGAAUACACUUGUAUGAUUUUGGUUUUUUUUUUACAUAUAAAGCACUAUUUGCAGUGCAGGUGUAGAUGAGACACACGCCACAGAAAAAGUCAGAUUUACAAGAAGCUAAGUUAAAGGAAUAAUGUUUGUGAUCACUAUUUUGCCCUGCAGUGUGAACAACGUCAGUCUGGAGAAUGACAGACAGGUGCUGAGCUAGAGUCUGGCUCUCAAGUAAAAAAAACUCCAAUCUCAAAAAAGUCAGAGUCUUUUAUAAGCCAUCAAACCAUCAUUAGGUUUCCAACAUUCACUCUUAAAACUAAGAGUCUGCUGUGAUAUUUGCUGCAUGUGAAACAAUGUUUCAAAACAGAACCUGUUCAUUGUAGUCAGGCUGAGGAACUUUCUGAUUAAAAAGUGAGACAGUGUAAAAGGCAGUGAAAUAAUUUUUGCUUUAACUAUCAAGCAUCUCAUGUUUAAACAUUAUUACUUUUUUUUAUCAGAUUGUGUCCCCAGCUGGUUAUUCUUAGUAACUAAUGGUCCAUUUUGUGCUUGUUUCACAUGGAAUGUUGUUGCAGUAUCACUGGUAUUUGACUGCAGGUAAACAAGUUCUUCACUCUUAAUCACUGUAGGUUCCAUAUAAAUAACCAUCUAAAUGAAUAGAAAAAUGCAUUUGCUUGAACUACCACAACGUUUGAGACUGGAGUAGUUUUAUAAUGGCAGAAAUCAGCUUUAGAACUGGUCCCAGUCUAAAUGAACAUUUCUCCAGUCAGAUGUUUUGUUUCUCCGGGUUCAACCCACACCUGAUGAAUACCGCAUAGAUGCCCACUCUGAAAAUCUGAGCCAUCCUUUUCUGAAACUCAUGGCUUUAUUCAGUUUUAUUCAGCUGGUCUGGAUAGAGAAAGGAGAUGAGGUUCCACCAGCCCUGUAACUCAGAGCUCCUCACCCAGCCUCAGCAGCGUCUUCCAUCAGCACAGGCACACUCAUCCAUGGCUGCUGCCGUUUUAGCACCGGCACUUUGGUAACCCUAAUAGAAACAAUCGCCAUCAAGGAGAACAGAAGCUUUUGCAUUUUCAUUUUAACAAGAUAGACCAACAUUGCUCUAAAACGGCGUUCACAUCACGGAAACAUUGUUAUGCAUCUGGCCUCAUAAAUUCAGCACAAUUAGGUGCCAAACAUCACAACUCAGUUCAGGGAUGAAGCAUUAACCUGUUUUUGUUCUGUUGGAGUUAAUGUGCCGGCUUUUUAUUUCCAUCCUGGAUUCUUUAAGUUCUCACAAUCAGGGAGAUAAUUAGUUUCUUCUGUUUUGACUAAAAGGGACAGAGUAAGAUGAGUCUUUUAAUUUUUCCUUAAUUUUGCUUGAGAGUUCUUCCAGUAUCUGGUUUUACUUUUCUUCUUUUAUGCUGCUUUUUAUUGAGCCAAUGCAGAGGGAGGUGCUUAACGUCUGGUGGUUGGUGAAGGUCAGAUUAAUAAAAUGGCACUUAAAGUGUGAGGAUAGCUUGCUCAGAUUAAUUUGUUUUUUUUAUUUGCUGCAUGUUUGGCAUGUUUACUUCGGUUCUGCUAUGCCUUCAUUGUAAACUGGCCAGAAAAUGAGGACUAUAUGGGAAAAUGUUUGCAGCCUUUGUUCAACCAGAGCUAACAGAAAAACGUCAGCUGGUUCAGUAAAGUCACCCUGGGUAGUCUGUUGGUGGUAAAUGAAUUUUGUUCAGAGCUUCUAAUUUUAACAUUUAACAGGCUCUAGUGAAAUGUAAAAUUAAAUGCUUUUCCAGAAUUUAUUGGCCCAUACUCAAAGUAUAAAUGUAGAGAAGCAUAAAUCUCUCUUGUGGUUUUAAUCAGAGAUCCUGUUAGAAAAAUCUUAAGACUUUUCAAUCAACUGUUUAUGGUGCUUUAUGGUCAGUUCGCCCCAUUGCCAACUCAUGCCUCCAUUACGUUCCCUCCUACUUCCACCUUAUACUGUAAAUAAACUAGUUUCUACCCAUCAUUGCUCACCAGUGGAUUUGGACCUGUUGACUUAUGCAAUAUGACUGGUUGAGACCCCUGCUCAAACCAGAAUAAUCCUAAGCAACCUUCUCCUAGUUGACAUUUAUAGAUUUAAUCAAACCACAUUUUCUCACAGUACACUGUAGAAAAUGACUUGUUGGAUGUCAAAUCCUGAUGGACAUGAUCCACAAUUGGUACAAAACAUUCUGUGGCAGAUGACUCCAUUUUGUCACUGAUAAGGUCGUCCAAAACAAGAAGAACCAUAAAUGUAUGAAGGGGAAAAAUGACCUGGAGAAACAACAUUGUGUUCUGAUGGUUUCUGCUCAGCUGGUUUUAGCAUCAUUGUAUUAUAAAACAGUUGUGGACAUGUUUUGAAAUCCUGCCAUAUUUUCUCAGACAGAACUGUUGAUGGUCAUUUUAGGAUACUGGUCUGGUAUUUUGGCAUACUGGAACCUUGAAGCUUUUCUCAUCUUAUGUGGAGUCUUGAAACCGUACGUGGCGUGGAACUGAUUUGAAAUUAUCAUAUGCAUAGAAGGCAAAGCUCAUCAAAGGUAUAAAGGUUUAAAUAGGCUAUAGGCUAAACAAAAACAACAUGGCUCUAGAGCAGGUCUCUGGUGUUUUAGCAGCUGGUUUCAUUUUCACAGUAGAAGGGCACAAGACUGGCUGCAUAUGAGCUGCCAUGAAGGAAGGCCAAGUAGCGGGUAAUUAUGGCGUAGAAACUACCAUGAAUUAAUGUUGAAAAUGGAAAUGGCUAGCAAGUUCUUCUUUUGAAGCCAACUUUCUUAAUAUCCAGUUCUUCGUUGUACAGAUGAUUAAUCAGGUUGAGGUUAGAGGGAAAAUUGUAAGCCCAUUUAUGUUGUCAGGCUCAUGGAACUUUGAAUAUUCUGACUGAGAGAAUCCCAAAUUGGACCUCUCCUUCUGGCUGUUCACAUGCAUCUAUGAUGGGUCUGUAACUGACUCAGUCUGUAAGCAGCUGGAACAUCCAGUAUGGGCACAAAUGGUCUUCAGAACCAGUGCACGAGUGUUAUUAAGCAAACAUCAGAACCUCUGGUAGUCAGUUCAAACUGUGUGUAGAACUUAGCAGAAACAGAAAAUACCCCAUAGAUGCAUUACACAGCAUUGGUGGCACUUGAUGGAGUUUGUUGGGGGGUAAUGUUUUUGGCUUUGCAAGAGGGGUAUCUUACAAUUCCCUGGGUCUUUACAACACAGUAGGGGAUGACACAACAUGAACCCUUAUGUGCCCAUUGGCAUUAGUCAACAGGUUCAAGAUCUGCAUCCCGCACAAGGCAGGAAAUUCCACAACGUGAAGACUGACCUCCAACCCAUGGAAGGGACCCCCUUCAGAUUCUGUCAGCUGUUGCUUAUGCUGUCAUAUGCGUCUCGGAGAGAUCCUCUGAAUCUGCUGUUAGUCAUUCACUGUUUUGAUUGGCAGCUGGAUGUUGCAGCAGUUGCUUAUAACACUAUUACCACACUCAUUACACCAGCACUUCUGCCUUCUGGUUCUGGCAGCUCUUUGCAGAACAGGUUAUUGACAUAUAAUUCUCUGAUGUGCAUGUAGAUCUUGUACGUAAUUUAACACCCAUGUUCCAAUCAGCCUUGUCUGGAGGUAACGGUCAUCUUUCAGCAGUACAGGCUGGACAGACUGACUGUGAUGUAGUCUUAAACACUUCAACGCCAGUCUUAUAGCAAAACAACUGUUAUGUGUAAUAUCCUCUUUGGUCUGUUGUUGAUUUUCUCCAUAACAUUAAUUUGAUUAGAUGUCAACAGGGAGUAUUUCUUGGCGGCUUUAUCAGAAUCUUAAAGUGGUAAUUAUGCUAACCUCUAAUCGGUUACAUGACAUAUCAUGUUCAUGAGUCUAGAUCAUUGUCCAGUGACGGUCUGGAGAACUUUGCUUCAUGAAUCCAAUGGCCUGAUUUCUGUCAGAGCUCACAGUUGAGCCCUAAAUGUUCCCAAACACUGUGUGCCUUCCGUCAGGUCACACACUGUGGCUGUUUCUACACGGCUGCUCCCAGGUAGUCUAUUUUUUUAACAUUUAUUCUUUUAUUUUCUGGUUAAAAUGUGUUGGUCAACGUUGCCACAUAUGGUUGAUGUACCUCAGGACCUUUCAUUGUGCCCUCUAUUUAUCCUCAGCAUCAUUUCCAUGACAUCCUUGCUUCUUCUGAUAUGUUUUUUUUUAUUUUACUCUGAGUCUUCCAGCCGCCCCUAAUGACAGGAAAAGGUCCCUCAAUGAUAUGAAAAUAUUGAGCUGUGUUAAAGUCUGUGGCAUGCUCCUCAAAUCUGCUUUUAGAAUUCUUCGAGUCCAUGUUGAUAUGUUCUGUAAGAUGCUUUAUGAAUCAGUUCAUCCAGUGGUUUGUUAAAGCAGUCCAUAAAGUUUAACAGAACAAUCAGUGUUCAGGUGUAUUGAAUGAAUGUCUGAGUUACAUCAGGUGUUUCCUGUUUUCCCUGCCAAGUUUGAGCUUUCUGUGAGGAGCUGCUCAUUCUGAUACCAUUUCUUUUAUGGUAUCACUCUCAGUGCCUGCAGGCGGUUGGAAGCAGCCUUUACCAGGACAACUGCAAAACCAAAACCUUCUGAAAUAUCGUUUUAAUAUCAACUUUUGUCCACAUCUCACCAAUGUGCUUACAGUUGGCUAUUCAUGACGUCCUCCCAAAUGGUUGCACUUGUCUGUUUGUUCACUGUAAAGAAGUGUUUGUUUCUUGGGACAGAUGAUGCUUUUUAAAUGAGUCUGCCUGGUGUCAUUAGGUUGUAUAAUGCUUGUAAUUGUUACCAGGUGACAGGAUAUGAUGAACUGAGCAAUUCUCAAUAAAGAAACCAGACAUAAGUA